AAGAUGCACACUGUGUUGGCAGGAUUCCCAGGUUCAUCCACUGAGUCAAAUAAUGUUCUCGCCCAUAAAGCAGAGGAGAAAGAUAGGCUCACCAUGCUCACUGAUGAUGUUUUACUGCACAUCUUAGGGAGAGUAGACCUUGCAACGGCAGCAAGGACGAGCACUCUGUCAAAGCACUGGAGAAACUUGCCUUGGUUGCUUCCUGAGCUCAACCUUCACGUUACGGAUUUUCUCUGCCCAGAUGACCAGGUUGAGCUUGCACAACAGAUGGAUCAAGCAAUGGCGUCCCUCACCAAAGCCACUAAGAGUUUCUUGGCUCAACCCCACCUCACAUAUGACACCGUCGCGAGACUAUCUCUUAAGUUAUACAUGACCGGCAACUACAACUACAAGUAUGACAUUGGCCUGCUAGUUAGUGACGCCAUUGACAAUGGGAUGGUAAAAGAACUGGACCUUGCUAUUCUUGACAAGAAGGAAUACUGUAAAAUCAAGGAUAAGCUACAACGAGCGCGGGAUGUGGAGGGGUUUUUCAGUGAAUAUCCUAGUAUGAUUCGUUGCCUUGCAAGGCUCCAUCUACAAAAUGUGUGCUUUGCCGAGUGGGAGAUAAGUCACCUUUUAUUUGACUGCUGCAAGCAACUGCAGCAUCUUAGUCUGGACAAUUGUGAUGCCGGGAAAUGGUCGAUAUGGCAGAUAAAUGCGCCGAAUUCGAAUAUCAGAAUUCUCGAAUUCCGUGUAACCUGGAUGAAAAGACUUGAGGUGCUAUGCCUUCCUAAACUCGAGAGGCUCCAUUUCAAGAAUUGGUUGUAUCAUGAGCCCCCCUUGAGUUUUGGUUCUGUCUCAUCUCUUAAGGAAUUGUUGCUCCUAUGUCCUGCAACUAUUGAUCACAGAGACUUUAGUUUAAGCCAGGUUCUAUGUGGUGCCACGAACUUGCAUACCCUAACCUUAAACUUCCAAGGAGAAAAGCUUUGGAUUCAACCAGAAGGAAAGCAACUCUGCACUGCAUUUAACAUGCUAAAGAAACUGUGUAUCCAUGGCAUCUAUGUUGAAUUUGACCUGUUAUGGACAAUAAAUCUCCUUGAAGCUGCUACAUCUGUUGAGAUAUUCGAUGUUGAGAUAUACGAACAUCAAUGCCAAGAAGGGGAAAGGAGAGUAAGAUAUUAUGGUGCUCAGAGGGAGAAACCUUCUUGGAAAGCGUCUGGGUUCACAGUCUGUAAUAACCGGCGGUUGAAAGAACUCCGAUUUGCUGGAUUUAGGCCCCUACUGGAGUCACAUAUGUUAUUUGUAAGAGCCAUGAUGGAUCAUGCCCCACACUUGGAAACUGUUCUACUCACAGAUGGCGAAGCAUCAUGCGAGAACUGUGAUGCAGUUGUCCCGCGGCCUCCCCGGACAGGAGGCUUGUUUCCAAGGGACAGAGCUGAGCAAGAGACAGUGGCUAGGCAACUGAGAAGCAGGGCGUGCGCCGCGGCGAAGAUUGUUUUCAGCACCAGAUACUCUACUGUAGUAUUGUAA